GCGCCCUGCUUAAAAGUGCAGACGUUACCUCAAGUGUCCUCCUCGCCACUGCGACCAUGACUUCCUUCCCCGGUCCGUGCAGCAGCAUCCAGGAGCAGAGGGACCGCUGGGAGAGAAAACGCAGCCGAACAGCCAAAGAGCUGGUGCAGACAGAACAACAUUACUGCCAGCAGCUGAACCUGGUCGCCACUUACUUUGUGGAGAUCUUGAAGGCCAAAGGAACCCUGAGGCAGGACAUUAGAGAAAACAUCUUCAGCUCAAUUAAAGCCAUUCAUUCAGUAAACCAAUCUCUUUUGGUCCAUUUGGAGAACGGCUACUUCGGCCGAGGUUUCGACCAGUUCUGUCCACAUCUCCAUCUCUACAACACAUAUGCGGACAACAUCUACAACGCCAACAAAGUGCUUGGGAUCCAGCUGAAGAAAAACAAGGCCUUCAGACGCUUUAAGAAACUGCAGGAAUCACGACCAGAGUUCGACAACCACAAGCUCGAGGACUUGCUGCAGCUUCCCGUUCAGCGGAUUGAUCGGUAUAAGCAUUUCUUACAAGACAUGGCUGCCAACACAAGUCCAGACCAUCCCGAGUUUCAGCAGCUUUCAAGGGCAGUGGCUGCGGUGUGCGAGGUGUCCCACCGCAUCGAGGACAAUGCCCGGCGCCACGAGAACCACCUGCAGCUCUGCCGGGUGCAGAAACUGCUGAAAGGACGAAAGACAAAGGUGCUGGCUGCAGGGCGGUGGUACAUCCGUGAGGGCUGGCUGAACGUGGUUGCUCCCAAAGGUGCGGAGGCUAAGCCCAAGAUGUUCUUCCUGUUCUCCGACGUGCUGCUGCAGGCCAAACGCUGCAGCCCGCUGCAUCCCACCAGCGGAGACAAGUUCACCGGCCAGCACUCCUAUCCCCUGCAGGACUGCACCGUGGAGAAGGUGUUCGGGCACACCAAGAGCCGAGGAGGCCUGCUCAGCUUAACCUUCCCCAAAGCCAAACUCCUGCUGAUGUCCAGCAACCAGGAGGAUCUGAAUGACUGGUACCAAAGUCUGAGCUCAGCUAUCAGGAAGCUGCAGUCGAAACAGACAGUUGUCCAUCAAAGAAACGAGUUGAGCCAGAGACCUCUCCACUCGGCUGACAGCCACAACGCACCGAGCAGCAGCAACAACAACAACAACAACAACAACAACCCUGGCAGGAAGAGAAACAUGGUGAGCACUGAGACCAGCGAGCAUGUUCAGAAGCCUCCACAUGAGUGGGAGGGCAGCGCCCCCAAAAGGAUGAAGCCGUCUGACACUCCAGAGCCAAGCAGUGCAGAGGCCUCCACAUCUGGCUGUGUUAUCCUCUAACGGGCUUCUUGUUCUUCAGACUCUGUGAAGGGAAAUGAGUCUGAGAUGACAGUUGGAUCCCACCUGGUCUGUCUGAGAGUUUCAUUUCAGACCGACCUCUGUGUUUCACUCCGUUUCUCCAAACAUGACACACACACGCUACUGUGCUUCUUUCUUUAUGUCUUCACUGUGCUUUUUAAUGUGAGCUUGGGAGAGAUUCAGCUCGUUGCUAACAGCAGCUUCAGCUUCUGCUCAUCCUGUGCAAUAUAAACUACACUGAUGUGCUGCUUUAAAGACCACGUGUUGGAGGAAUGUUUAACUGUGAGCAGUACGUCGACUGCUGCUUGUCCCCAGCAAAGAUUCAUCUACUUAUAAUGUUGCAACAGAGCAAAAAUAUCAAACAUUAUGAAAUAAUGUUAUAAUCAUAUGAAUAAACAGUAAAAUAUAGAAAACAACACAAAUCUUAACCUCAACUGAUUAUUAUGAAAUGUUAUUACAUCAAAUAAGGAUGAUAAAGUAACAUUACACAUCGAUGAGGUUGUUGUUAAUCAGGUUAAAUGAUUUCACAGUUUAUUGUUUCCUAAAUCCAUUUGACUGGAUUUAUUCAUAUGAUUAUUUGUUUGCUAAUGUCUUAUUAGUUUAUUUAACAGUGACGGUUAUAGCCUCCGUUAUUAUGAUGAGGAAUGUAUUUUUAUUCAGGCUAAUGUAUAUGGAUGCUUCACUCCAGCCAAAGUCCAUCCUAUAAACUCACACUAUUGAUUAUAACAGCAGAACCAGGCCGCAGUGUGUUUUAGAGAUGACAGCCUGCGUUUAUAUGGAAUUCUGUGAAUCCAGGCAAGUAAACCUGGUUAACAGGAGUUUACUAAUUACCCAUCACAUCCUUUAUCCUUUAAUUAUAUCCUUUAAAUCUGUCCUUUAAUUAUAUCAUUUGAUCAUAUCCUUAUAUAAUAGUUCAUAUAUUUUACUAACACUAUUGUGCAUUUUUAAGCUGAGUGUGUAUUUUACAGAUUAUUUUGAAUAACCUGUUUUUACGCCUUGUUUAUUUUUUGGGGGGGGGGCUCAGAUGCUAUCUAAAGCUGGUUACAAAUCAUAAAUGGCCUUGGACAUGAUGGUAAUUUCCCAAUAAAACUCUAAAAGAA